GAGAGAGAGAGAAUCUUAGAUUCCACACUCAGCGUGAAGCCCAACACGGGGUUCGAUCCCACAGCCCUGGGAUCAUGACCUGAGCUGAAAUCAAGAGUUGGUGCCUCAACCGACUGAGCCACCCAGGUGCCCUGGAUAGACUACAUCUAUCUAUCCAUCCACACAUUGAUAACCACUUGAGCUGUUUCCACCUUUUGGCUAGUGUGAGUAACGCUGCCGUGAACACGCACAUAUACUUUCAGUUCUUUGGGGGCACAUACCUACGAGUGGGAUUGUGGAAUCAUUUGGUAAUGCUGUUUAACUCCACACAUAACUUUCCAUUGCACCUGUCAGGAGUUGGGGAUUAGCAGAGGGUUACUGGAGAGAAAGUUCAGUGAGCUCAGAGUCCCAUCCACACAGAGGGGGCUGGGGUGGCUGCCUGGCCUCUAGCCGAGAGAGAAGGUAUUAAGGAGCCAUCAAGAAGCUUGUUAUAUGCUCUCUGGGGAUUGGGAAGGAGGUCGCUGCUGGCUUCGUAACAACAUAGCCAAGAGAGCUGGCUGUGCACAUUAGGCCUCCUCUCUAGAAUUUGCGGGCACAAAGCAUGGUGUGGGUGUCCACCGGAGCAGAGAUGGGCCUCUCGUUCAAGAGGAGUGAGGUGUCCUUAGGUCCUGCACACCAGGCUGCCCAGAGAAGGGCAGGAACAACAGCAGAAGGAAGCUGGGCUUCACUCCUGCGCACAGAAGAGCUGCAGAUGAGUUACGGGCAGCCAGCUGGAGCAGGGGUACAUCCUCUUGAGUCAAAGGAAGAUCCCAGGGAUGAGACGCCCAGAGUCUGGUACGCGGGAACAGCUCAGUACCCGGAAGAGAUUUGUUCUCUCUCUACAACUAGACAGUUCACUUGCCAGUCACAACCCGGGAGCCUGAGCUUAGCAAGCAAGCACACUGGGCUUCUUCUCUCCACGCCACGGGCGAGCAAGGGGCUUAUUGGAACAAAGGGCCGGGGGCUCUGUGCCCUUCCUACAGGGCUUGCAGGGGUGACUUUUCUUCCCUGUCACCUCCUUUCUCUCUCCAGCAGAGGCUACCAGGACUGCCCUUCUUUAGACCAGAAUAGGAAACUGGGGCCGAAAGUCAGUAAGCGAACUUGUCACAGUGGUCUCUCCAAAGCCAGGAAGCAAUGCUCCUCGUUUCUGUGCAAGUGCUCGGAACACUAAAGGGAUCUUUUUUUGCUUAAAGAAAUCUAUAAGAGGAAAUCCACCAAAUGUGACCCGUGCGUACCGAUCACACGCGAAGGCAGGGAACAGCCUGUAUCGUGACACGUGAGCCUGCCUCAGAGUCACCGGAAGGACGUUCUAAACCACCCUCCUGGGCCUCGCCCCCAGAGUUUCUGAGUCAGCAGGUCUGGACGGAGCAGAUAAUUCUCAUUUCUGACCUGUGCCCAGCGAAGCAAUUGCUGCUGGUCUGCAGAACCACGGAGCUAGGUGAUCGGCUGGGGUACCACUGGUGACCCCAAUCGCUACAAAGUCAAUCACUCUGUUAUUUCUAAAGUGUCUCUAUAACCCUCGGAAAAUAACUCUUUGCCCACCCUCCUCGUCCGCUGGAUAAAUACCACAGAGACUGUGUUUGGGAGCUUCUUACCCAGACUACUCUGGGCCCUUGCCCUGAAGUGUUGCUCACUGAAAUCAUCGAGUUCACCGUCAUCUGUGUAUGGCUUCCAGUUCAUCUCAACAAGAAUCCUGAAAUUACAGAACCCUCCAGCAAGAAGUGACCCAUGUGCCUGGGCUUCCACGGGGGAUGAAGGGCACACAGGUGGGCCCUAGAAGAAGUCCAAGGCUUUGUCUCCACCUAAAUCUACCCCAGAAGGAAUACAGUUGGCCUGCAUGUUGGCAGGAGGAUCAAUGACCCUUCUGGUUGACUCUCUUUUUUAGAGAGCCCCAGACCUGGGGGUGGGAUUUUCCCAUCCCCAAAGCUGGUGUGAUAAAAUGUGCAUGGGCUGUCUCCCCCGCAGGGUGGGUCCCGAUCCCUGCUCCCUCUCUUUAGAAAGUCAAGCAGAAGAAGCAUAGGACCCAAAGGAGAAGGGACAUGAAGAAGAGAGGGAAGCCUCUGUCCCUUGAGUAAUUUUGUUUGAGCCUCCAGCUUGCAAUCCACGUGGUCCUAAGGUAAUGGGUCUGGAUGCUGAAAACGUUAGAAUGUCUGAGGGGAGCUACGAAAAAUUGCCCCUGCUCAAACCCAGGUGGCCUAGACAGGCAUCUGUAAACAAACAAACAAAAAAAAGAGGGUGGUGAGAAUUUAACAAAGAGAAAUGAAAGCAAAUGCCACCAAAGGACACGUCCAAAGAGCAAUACUAGCUUUAUUCAUGAUGGCAAAAAAUGAAAAUAGGACAUUGGGAAACUGUGGCCGGUUACUGGGAAGAGGCUGAAGGGAACUCUCUAGAAUGUUGGCAAUUUUUAUCUUGAUCUAUGCUGUGUGUGUGUGGCUGUAUCUAUGAAAAUAAGUGUAUAUAUAUAUAUAUAUAUAUAUAUAUAUACAUACACACACACACACACACACACACAUAAAUAAGUCUUUAAGAUAUACACUGAAGAGGGGUGCCUGAGUGGCUCAGUUGGUUAAGCAUCCAACUUUUAAUCUCAGCUCAAGUCUUGAUCUCAGGGUCAUGAGUUCAGGCCCCGCACUGGGUUCCGUACUGCACAUGAAGCCUACUUAAAAAAAUACACACACACACA